AUGGCUGCCGGCUCUGUCCUUCGUCUUCUUCUUCUUCUUCUCCCUGCUUUUGUUUCCGGUGUCGUCUCGGUAGGGUUUCAGGAACAGCGGGGGGGAAAAGAGGAUGAUUCUCUUCAGACGUUCAUCGUCCACAUGAACCCGAGCCACAAGCCGGAGAUCCACCCCACCCACGCUCAGUGGUACGCCGCCCACCUCCAGUCCCUCUCCAUCGACCCCGGCCGGCACCUCCUCUACAGCUAUUCUCUAGCCUUCCAGGGUUUCGCCGCCUCCCUCCACCCGGAUCACCUUCCCCUCCUCCGGUCAUCUCCCGCCGUCCUCCACCUCCACCCCGAUCCCCUCCUCCGCCUCCACACCACUCACUCGCCGGAGUUUCUCGGCCUCCUUCAGCCCCUGAAUCUCGGGCCCUCCUCCGCUCCUCCACCGAACGGCUCCUCCCUUCUCCAGGCCGCUGAAGCCGCCACCAAGGACGUCAUCAUCGGCGUCCUCGACACCGGUGUCUGGCCGGAAAGUAGGAGCUUCGACGACGCCGGCAUUCCCGAGAUCCCCCGGCGGUGGCGGGGCACCUGCGAGGCCGGCGUAGACUUCGCCCCCUCUCUCUGCAACCGCAAGCUCAUCGGCGCCCGCAGCUUCUCCCGAGGCUACCGCGCCGCCGCUGAGGCCGCCGACGAGGGAGGAGACAAGCCCAAGGAGUACGCUUCUCCUCGAGACCGCGACGGCCAUGGAACCCACACCUCCUCCACGGCGGCGGGCUCGCCGGUGGCGAACGCCAGCCUCCUGGGCUACGCUCCGGGCACCGCCCGCGGGAUGGCCACGGCGGCGCGCGUCGCCAUGUACAAGGUCUGCUGGGCGAGCGGGUGCUUCGGCUCCGACAUCCUCGCCGGCAUAGACCGCGCCAUCGCCGACGGCGUGGACGUCCUCUCCCUCUCCCUCGGCGGCGGCGCUGCCCCCUACUUCCACGAUACCAUCGCCAUCGGAGCGUUCUCCGCGAUGGAGCGUGGCAUCUUCGUCUCCUGCUCCGCAGGGAACAGCGGGCCGAUGAAGGGCUCUCUAGCGAACACUGCCCCAUGGAUCCUCACUGUCGGAGCUGGAACUCUCGACAGGGACUUCCCGGCGGUGGCCGCCCUCGGCAGCGGCGCCCGCUACGCCGGCGUGUCCCUCUACAGCGGGCCCGGGAUGGGAUCUCGAAUGGCGCCCCUGGUGUACGACCCUCCGGCGAGCUCCGCCGGAGGGAAGGCGGCGGGCAACGGGUCCUCCGGCAACCUCUGCCUACCGGGGACGCUUUCUCCGGCAAAGGUCCGAGGGAAGGUGGUGCUCUGCGACCGCGGAGUCAACGCCCGGGUGGAGAAGGGAGCGGUGGUGAAGGCGGCGGGAGGGGUGGGGAUGAUCCUCGCCAAUGCGGCAGCCAACGGGGAGGAGCUCGUCGCCGACAGCCACCUGCUCCCCGCGGUGGCGGUGGGGUUGAAGAACGGCGACCUGAUCAGGAAGUACGCCCAGUUUGAUCGUAACCCGAAGGUGCUGCUGCAGUUUCAGGGGACUGUGCUCAACGUGCGGCCAUCGCCGGUGGUGGCGGCCUUCAGCUCCCGGGGACCCAACGGGGUGACGCCGCAGAUCCUCAAGCCCGACGUCAUCGGCCCCGGCGUGAACAUCCUCGCCGCCUGGUCAGGGUCCGUCGGCCCCACCGGCCUCUCUAAAGACCGCCGCCGAUCUCAGUUCAACAUCAUGUCCGGUAAACAAGCACCGCCGCUCCUGCCAUCUCCUCCUCCUCUUCCUCCUUCGUACUGAUUUCUUCGUGGGUUCGAAUGAAUGAUUGCAGGAACGUCCAUGUCGUGUCCUCACGUCAGCGGGAUCGCUGCCCUGGUGAAGGCGGCGCACCCCGAGUGGAGCCCCGCCGCCGUCAAGUCGGCCCUCAUGACCACCGCCUACACAGUUGACAACGUGGGUUCGCCCCUGCGGGAUGCCGCCGGCGGCGGCGGCGCCGACCCGUACGGCUACGGUUCCGGCCACGUUGACCCACGGAGGGCCCUCUCUCCGGGCCUCGUCUACGACAUCGCCGCCGACGACUACGUCGCCUUCCUCUGCUCCCUGAAAUACAGCCUCCGGCAAGUUCAGGCGAUCACCAAGAGAUCAAACUUCACCUGCUCCCGGAGAUUCAGAGAUCCCGGGGACCUCAAUUACCCCUCCUUCUCCGUCGUCUUCAACAGCGAAUCGAGGAAGGCGGCCGUCACUUACACCAGGGAGCUCACCAACGUCGGCGAGGCCGCCUCGGAGUACGCCGUCGAGGUCACGGCGCCGGUGAGCGUCGCCGUGACGGUGAAGCCCUCCAAGCUCCUCUUCACCAGGGUGGGGCAGAAGCUCAGGUACUCUGUCUCGUUUUCGCCCGUGAAGGUUCGGAGCCCGCAGGCGCCGUCGUUCGGGUGGGUCACCUGGAAGAGCGGGCGGUACCAGGUGAGGAGCCCGGUGGCGGUUUCAUGGAACAAGAAGGUCCGCUGA